AUGAUUCAAACACCAAUAAAAAAAAGACGUGGGAGGCCACCUCUCUCGAUAUCAGCAAAAAUUCGAGCAGUUUUUAAAUUUUGCCCCAUAUCACCAACUCAUUUUCAAGAUUUUUCUGAUAAUUUUGAUCCACAAAAACUUUAUCCUGAAAUUUGGGCAAAACGAACGUUUGUAAAAAAGAAAAAGUAUGCAACUCUCAAAGAAGAAAAUAAAUUUGGUUAUCAUAAAGAGGAGGUAGAAAUUUCUGAUAAACUGAUCCAAACUACAGACCAAAGUCACGAUAAUUCUACUUUUGCGACAACAAUUACCUCAGCACCUGUUCGAUUAAAGUUAAUUACCCCAAUAAAACCACCAAGAAAAAAGAAACCCAAUCCGUUAGAUCAAAAAGAGGAAUGCUAUCUUUUACAUAAAUUACAACAUGCUUCAAAACUCUUAUCACCUAAAGCCGCUAGAUUAAAGAGAAAAUUAUUUCUACGAAAACUAAAAAAAGAUAGAGGGAUGAAAAUUUUUGAUAUUGAUGCAAUUGUCACAGAACACAUGAGAUCAUCUUCACCUCUUGAACCAUUGACACCUGAUGACGAGGAGGAUCAACCUCGUGAAGUAGUUAUCGAAACAUCCGUUCAAGAUAAAGUAGAGAAAGAAACGGAUAAUUUUAAACAAAUCACGUGUACGCCUUAUAAAAACUCUUUUGCGUCAAGGCUAUAUGGAACUCCUCGACUCGCAUCUUCUCUUACCGCAGAGGAAGCUUGGACGAGUCCUUUCAGUAAUAGAAAAUUGAAACCGUUUAUUCGCAGAGAUUACGAAACCAUACCACCAAAAUUAAAUUUAUUACAAGAUAUCAUAAGAUACCCACAUCGGAAUGAUCCCAAUUGGUUAUCACCACCUGUUAGUCCUAUAGAUUUCUGUUAUUUCCAAAGGGAACACUUGGCUCAAGUUAAUGAUCUGCUGCAAAAGUGUUUUUGGCCAGGCAUUGAUGUUUCGGAAAAUCUUCUUUUCCCUGAUUUUAGUAUUGUAACUAUGUAUAAACGAUUAAUAGUUGGGUGUGGGUUUAUGACUCCCGAAGCUUAUAUCACGUACAUAGCUGUUGCGCCUGGGUGGGAAAAAUCAGGGAUUGGACAGUUUAUGCUAUACCACCUAAUUCAGACGAAUAUCGGUAAAGAUGUUACUCUUCAUGUUUCAGCAAAUAAUCCUGCAAUGGUAUUUAGAAUUAAGUUGUUCUAA